UUUUGCACUUGACGCAUGAACUGCUGCAUCAUCGAUACGCGACGGCUAAUCCCAGUGAAGGAGCAAAGAUGGCAGAAAGAGGCUACAGUUUCUCACUCACCACAUUCAGCCCUUCAGGAAAACUGGUUCAGAUUGAGUAUGCACUUGCAGCAGUAGCAGCUGGAGCUCCCUCAGUUGGAAUCAAAGCAACAAAUGGAGUCGUUUUGGCAACAGAGAAGAAACAGAAAUCAAUACUGUAUGAUGAGCAGAGUGUUCACAAGGUUGAGCCCAUAACAAAACACAUUGGCAUGGUCUACAGUGGCAUGGGCCCAGACUACAGGGUGCUGUUAAGAAGAGCGCGUAAACUGGCCCAGCAGUACUUUCUGGUGUAUCAGGAGCCAAUCCCCACAGCCCAGCUGGUCCAGAGGGUCGCCUCUGUUAUGCAGGAAUACACCCAAUCAGGUGGUGUAAGACCCUUUGGAGUUUCAUUGUUGAUCGCUGGAUGGGAUGAAGGCCACCCAUACCUCUUCCAGUCAGACCCCUCAGGUGCAUAUUUUGCUUGGAAAGCUACUGCGAUGGGAAAGAGCUACGUCAAUGGAAAAACAUUCCUCGAGAAAAGGUAUAACAAUGACCUGGAACUUGAGGAUGCAAUCCAUACAGCAAUCCUUACGUUGAAGGAAAGUUUUGAGGGUCAGAUGACUGAGGAGAAUAUUGAGGUGGGGAUCUGCAACGAGGCUGGUUUCAGGAGACUCACUCCGGCAGAAGUCAAGGACUACCUGGCAGCUAUUGCUUAAAACAUUGCCCCUUGACAUAGUUGUCUAAUUAAGUGGUUUAUCAGUUUUCAUAAACAUACCCACACACUUUUCGCAGUUUAGCAACAUUUCUUUGAUUUGUAUUUCUCCUUUGACACUUGUUGACCCACUACCAAAUAAAAUGGUGAUUAUGUAUUCCUAUUA